UUCUUCUUCAGUCAUUGCACCAUGACUAUCAUCUGGAAUAUCUUUGUCUUUUUUGGCUUAGCCGCCAUUUGUAACGCCAUUGAUUUGGCUAAUGAGGCCACAGAGGUGUUGGGCAACAAGGAAUACUAUUUUGGCGUAACGACUGAGGUUAGCUGGUUUCGCGCUUUGGAAACGUGCGCUGCCAAGGGUAUGCUUUUGGACUCCAUUGAGUCUGAAACGGAAUAUCAAAAUCUUAAGACUUUCUUGUUCUUCAAUGAUGACUUACGCAAUCAGCAGUUUUGGUUCUCCGGCAGUAAUUUGGCUAACGAAAAUAAAUACAUGUGGUUCACAACAGCCACAAAUAUCAAAUUGACAAACUGGGCGAGCAAUCGUGGUAACGGUCGAUGUAUUCAUACCAAUCAGAAUUUCCUAUUGAUGACGGCAGAUUGUACCGACGAAAAAUAUUUCAUUUGUUCUCGUUCAACUCUGCCCAAAUGUGGUGUGAAUGGUGGAUGUAUUCGCACUUCUAAGCCUUACGUAAAAUAUACUUGAGAUGACCAUGGAUUGCUUGUAUGGAUAGAUGAUGAUACUAAUAAUAAAAUGAUGAAUUAUAAAGAACACUA